AUGUCUAUGACAGCUAACAAGUGGGAGAUGCAAAAGAUGACGGGACUGACCUUUUCUAUCACUGUGCUAUUUGUCGAUGAGCGAACUUUGGUCUUUGCUGAGUACACAUUCUCCUGGGCCAGUGGCACAGAGACUCUGGUAUCGUUGGCCUCCCUGGCUAACAUGCUCAUCAAUCGGCGUGCCGUUGUCUUUGGACUUAACAAGCUUGCCGAUGCCUUUAGUGCCACGCUACAAGACAUGACCGAGGUUGUUGGCGUCGACAUGAACAAGUUCCCUGUGCUCAAGCUUAUUACAAAUAACGGCAACCUGCUAAUUGUGCUGGACACGGAUAAAGACUUUUGCAACGCGCCGUAG